AUGGGAAAGAAGUUUUUGAUUGUUCUAGAUGAUGUUUGGGAAGAUGAUUAUGUUCAAUGGACAGAAUUGAUGAAGCCUUUCAACGGUGCGGCAAGAGGCAGCAGAAUAAUAGUAACAACGAGAAAUGGAAAAGUUGCAAAUGUCGUUCGAACUGUUGAUAUACAUCAUCUAAGAGAAUUAUCAGAAGAUGAGUGUUGGGCACUAUUUGUGAAGCACACUUCAAGUGGAAACUCUAGAAAGUUUAUUGAGAACCCAAAAUUAGAAAGGAUCGGAAGAGAAAUUGCCAAGAAGUGUAAUGGUUUACCUUUAGCUGCUAAAGUUCUAGGAGGCCUCUUGAGAUCGACGUUUGAUGUAGAAAGAUGA